GCCUAGGCCUAUAGAAAAUCACUCAACGAUUAAAAACUUGGCGUAUUGAUAGUCAGCUUUUUGAAAACGGCUGGUUCACUCAGCUAAGUGAUUACAUAAAUAAUUAAUAAAUUUACAAUACCUAAAAUACUAACCUAACCGUACAUCAAAUUCAUUAAUGUUCAAAUUAACUAAAUGAAUACAGGACGUUCAGCUAUCUGGUUAAACGUUGCGUUGCGAUCAAUGCUGGUUGUUCUUCAGCCAACUAAUUAGCUGGCAAAUUUAACAAGUUCUCUAUAAACUCUGACUGUUGUACAGAUAUCUUCCUAUCUACGAGUAGGAGAGGACAAUAAAUCAACUAGUAAAACGAGUGUUUUAUUACCUAUUAGAUACUUUUACGCUAACUUGUUUUGGGAUAAUAUGGCCCAGGAAGUUUGUUUUGUCUUUCAUUUCUUAGAUAUCCAAAAGCGACUUGCUAAAUGGAGACUCUUUUAUGCAAAUAUAGAGAAAUGAGUAGCGUCCAUGGUUAGUAGCGUAGUGAUAGUUACGUGUGUAGUAACGUACGUACGUACGUGAAAUAUAUGAUACAACUACUUAUUUCUACAUACGUACGUCCCUCUGCUGGGUAGCCCUCCUCUCAUAUGCGACAGGGACUAUGCUGGCCUAAUGCGGGUUGAAAAGCUAGUGGUAAAUAUCAAUAGGCAUUCCGUACAUAAGUUCUGAAAAACUUUCCUUCGGAUUGGCCAGACCCCAGUGGGUCCUUUUCUACGGGUAUUUUUUUUACCCCUUGUGUCACCGUUUUGAACAGGGGUCUACGGGUAAUUUAUUUUAACCUCACAACUUAACUAGACUAGCUAUUGAUUUAGUGUGACGUCCGUGACAACAUUACACUUUGAGGAAAAAGCAUAGGUAGAUAACCUAGGUUAGGUUUGUUAGGUAGCUUCAGAUGCCCGAAGGGCAAACCGGCCGGAAAUAGGAGCCCCGCGUUAAGUUAUGAAGAAAAUGUUUUUUUGAUAAGAAACAGUGCGGUGGGACCAUGGUUAAAAUAAAUUAGACCGUAAACCCCUGUUUAGAACGGUGGUACAACGGGUAAAAAAAUACCCGUGGAGCCACUGUGGUACAAAGCAAUUGGGACUACGGUUAAUAUACCCUUUAUAAUUGUGUAUGUUCCCUUAUAAGUAAUAUCGAGAUAUCUAAGGACACCCUAUCAUAUCGAGGGCAUUAUCAAGAACUACAAAUGCAACAAUCAGUCGCUACUGAUUGUUCAAAACCUUAUUAAAGUUUGUAUUGUACAAUCUAAACUUUCACUCUAUCUAUAUUCACCUAAUAUAUAAUUUAUGUGAUCCCCAGAUUAGAAUUUAGUUAAAGUAUACGAUAGCGUGUCCAUGAAUGUUUAAUUGAUCCACCCUUGAUCGGUCAAAGUACGUGACCCAAUUGUAUUGUCCCAGCUUAGGUAGGUACUUUAGUUUUGUGACGAAUUUUAUAGUCAUACUAAUUUGGGUAAAAUAAAAGGUAUUUGCCCAGCUGUGGGACACUAUAGGCUAUAUACAUAUUGAGACAUAUUCGACUUGUCCCUUCUUUUAAGCAAUCAAUUUUGGACAUAAAAUGUCAGCAGACCUUAAUUACCAUAUUUAUAGAGGGUGUUACCUAUCCUGUCAUAACCAAUUAUCCGUAUUUUAUACAUAAUAAUCAGGCUAAUUCACAAUUUUGCAUAAUUGGUACGCGUGUCAGGUCGGCUGUUAGCGGGAAAUGGCCUAGCUAAUUUAUUGUUGUCGAACGCUUUAGUGUGCCCAGGGACUAAACGACAUUUGUUUGAAGCCUGCAUAUCUAAUUUGGUGAUCUAUGCUUAUAAUUACUGGCUCGUGUGUUCAAUAGUUGACGUUUCACGACCAUUCGUCACUUUAAGCUCGCAAUAGACGUGCACGCGAGCUGCAAUAAUUCCGUCUGUAGUAAAUUCAUGGGUUUUACUUGUUCACAACUUUAGUUGAACACCUUCUUUAUUGAGUAGUGGAUACCAUAUUAAUAGACUCUGCAUAAUCUCUUACGUUACUCAGUUGUUUUAUAAUUGUAGAAACAAAUCUAACCAUGGUGCGCUACGGCGGCGGGAACACGGGACUGAAAGCCAAAGGAUCCGUAAACGAGAACCAUUGGUUUGAAAAACCACCGAAAAGGGGAUUCCUUGCUAGUAAAUUUGUUGAGUUUUGCAACAGAACAGAUUUGCAUGGCUACAAGUAUAUUGUUAUGGAGGAUAUUAAUAUGCCGGAAAGAAGCCUGUGGGCGCUGGCGGUGGUUUUGAGCGUCGGCGUUGCGGCGUACUUCGUCGUCACCGCCUACCGUUGGUACGCUCGGAAUCCUAUCGUCACGGUAAUCGAGAGCACUCACGGUCCUGUCUGGGACGUGCCAUUUCCAGCUGUCACUAUUUGUGAUUUGAAUACCAUUUCUCGGAGAGCGGCAAAGGAGUUCGCCGGAAAUGUGACUCUCCCUCCGAACAUCACCGCGGAUAAUGUGUUCGAGUACCUUCGCUGGGCUCCUCUGCUCCAUUCCUCGUUUCAAGCCAACGACACACAAAAAUAUAUGUUAAGCAAGCUGCAAGAUGUGCUAGAUCUCAAUAAAAUUACAACAGAAACACUUUUUGCAAGUAUGUCACCAGUGUCAUCGUGUGGCCAGUUGGUACAGCGCUGCAUGUGGAAGAACACCGUGUACCGCUGCGAGAUGAUCUUCCAGCAGGUGUUCACGCAGCUCAAUUUGUGCUGCGCGUUCAACUACUUUGCGGUCAACGUUUCUCUCAACACAUUGCAUGCGACCAACGAGAUAGGCAAGCAGGUGGCGCCGCGCCGCGUGGCCUCUUGCGGCUACCAAACCGCGCUCACCGUGCUCAUAAACACCUCACCUGACGACUACUACAGCUCCGAGGUGGCUUCGCAGGGCGCACUGGUGUUCAUAGACGACUCGUACAACUUGCCGGACUUGGACUCGCAGGCGCGCAUGGUGAACCCUUCCACUGAGGUGCUGAUAUCGCUGUCGCCCGAACGCACAUAUGCGACGCCUGGCAUCAAGUCCUUUCCGCCGGAACAGCGGCAGUGCUACUACAACGACGAGCGUCAAAUUAGCCAGUUCCGCUACUACUCUUACCAUAAUUGUAUGGCUUUCAAGAAGGUGCAGUAUAUAAAGAAAAUGUGUGAUUGUUUGCCAUUCUACUUUCCAACUAUAGAUGAUCAUCGGAAAUGUAAUUUUAAGGACUUAGAUUGCUUAGAAAAAAUAGGAUCAACGAAUGCAAGCGAGCCCGAGCCCGACAACGUUGUGCAGUGCUUGCCAGAGUGCGAGCAUUACGACUAUCCUUUGGAAGUGGCCCUGGGCAUGCUGGCAAAGCAAGCCAAACUGAAUGGGAUCGCAUUUUUUAACGACGUCAAUUUGGACAACCACUCGCUCCUGAAUGUGUUCUUCAACGACUUGGUCUCGACCAGAUACCGGCGAGAUGUUUAUUUGAACUGGCAAAACAUUCUCGCUUCGUUCGGCGGCCUACUCAGUCUGAUGCUCGGAUUCACACUUAUAUCGGGUUUUGAUCUUAUCAUAUUCUUCACCUACAGAAUAGCUUAUGAUGCAUUGAAAACAAUUUCGUCCAAUGCAAAUCUGAAACGAGACUACUCCAGUAAACUGCGAAAGCCCUCUUUCGCCCCGAAAGAGUUUUAUGUUGGAAAACCAUCGGAAUGGGAGACAGAAAUGCGCUAUGGAAAUGUAAAAUACUGAAAAAAAAUUACAAGUACGUCAAGUUUUCAAAUAAUAGUUCUAAAAUCUGUAUGCUUUAUGUAAAAUAUGCCAUGUGCGGUGCUUACAAUUAACUAUAAUAACUAAUUAAAAAAGUAAUUACAAUUAAACAAUUAAUUUAAA